AUGUUUCUGUUUUACUCUUCUCGGCAUAUCGCGUAUCCUCACGUUAUUGGGACCCUGGCGAUCUUCGAUGUCAACUCACGUCGGUUCGCAGAAGACAAGCUGGAGGUCGUGACAUGCAACGAGGACGAAGUUGAAGAGCAUAAUAUCAAGCAGCGACAGCCCAACACAUACUACCGGGUGAUCCAGAGAUGGCUCUCGAACUGUGACGCGGAGCACCUAUCGUGCAGCCCCCAGCCACAAGGAUCCCUCAAGCGAUUCUGGGUCAUUGACGUCUAUGAGCGAAAUGUUAAGCUUGCCCCUCAGAACUGCGACUAUAUUGCAUUGUCCUACUGUAUUGACCAGGAUGAUCCAUCCGAUAUGGCAACCCAGGUACAGCAAGUGCAACCCUUGUCGCCUGUGCUGGAAAGGAUCAAACCCAUGGUCUCCCUGGUGUGA